UCAAAAACGUAAGUUUAGUUGAGCUAACAACAAAUGGCUGCUCCUACUACACCCACAAACGUCGUCCUUGAUAAUCAGAGUGGCGACACUUUAAUGUUGGUUUCGUCGACCUAUGAAGGCGUUCCUAACGUGAUUAAAAGCGGUGCAUCGCCCUCUGAAUUCCCCCAGGAUACAGAGCUCAGUGUUAUCGCAUCUGUUGUGUAUGCUGUCGGGAAUAUAGCCACGUGGGUCGUUGUUUGGACAGCUAAUAACGAAGUCGCUACCUCGGUCCUUCCUCCUGGUACUCCUCUUAUUUGGAAAGAUAUCUGGAACAAACUUCAACGCGACGGUGCCAUUGAUUCGUACCGCACCAGCUACGGUUGGGAAUACAAUUCAACGGUAGAAAUCAAAUCAGAUGGUGAUGCUCAAACCUUAAGUGUCAUAAUCUCUUAUGAUCCCAUUUCCAAAUUAAAGUAGCUUUGUUGUGCUUAAUUACUCUUUUAGUUAAUCU